AUGUGUUCACACAGGGAGGGGUCUGAGUGGGCAGCCAGAGGGGACCGUCCCGGGGAAAGUCUCUCACACACGGAGGAGUUCAGCCCGACAGCUGCGGAGCUCUGUGGCCGGGAGACAUGCGCCCUUCCCCCGCAGAGAGCAAAGAGGCUCCACGGCACAGCCCCGGGGAUGAUGUUUCGGGACCAGGUUUCGGUCUUGGCCGGUUGGUUCCGGUGUUGGAACGAGUGUGAACAGACGGUGGCGCUGUUGUCGCUGCUGAAGAGAGUGAGCCGGACUCAGGCCCGGUUCCUUCAGACGUGUCUAGAACAUUCUCUGAGCGACUGCACCGAGCUGAUCGCCAUGGAGACGGAGGCCAACGACCCGGUGGUCAUCAGUCGGUGGCAGCGCGAAUCGAAAGAGCGUGUGAUCUCUUUGCUGCUGUCGCAUUUGCCACUUCUCAAACCAGGAAGUGCAGACGCCAAGUGCGCGUACAUGCGGCUGCUGCCCUGGAUCCUGGCGCAUGCCAUCGAGUCCGGGCGCUACGUGGAAGAGUCGCGUCAGCUGCUGUCGUACGCACUGAUCCACCCGGCCACGUCUAUGGAGGACCGCGGCGCUCUGGCCCUGUGGCUGACGCAUCUGGAGGAGCACGCCAGCCGGCAGGAGGCGCAGAGGGAGGACACACACCUGGAGGAGGCCCAGAUGGAGGAUGGGGAAGAGCAUGCUAACGCUGAAGAACAUGCUAACAGAGACAAGGCGCACAGCAGGGAGGAGCGCAUCACCCGCGAAGCAGCGCAGAGGAGCCACAAGCCGUACGCACACGCGCACUCCCAGAGCUCCGGAGGGGGACAGAAGAGUCAGCUUUACCCGCGGUACGGCUCUGAAGACCGACUGAACGGUUGGCAGCAGCAUCAGGGCUGGGGCUCUGAGAACGGCCACCUGUUUCCAUCGUCCUCUGUGCCUGCGGCAAUCAACGCCCUGGGCACCGGCGCGGCCAGUGCCCUGAGCAGCAGCGCCGCCAGUGCACUGUCCCCCGCCCCCCCUCACUCCCCCCUGAAGCGCUCAGUCUCCCUCACCCCUCCCAUCAGCUCGGGACCAGGGCAGGUGUGGCUGUCCCAGGAGGACCUCCGCAGACCCCCCCUGUCCCCCCAAAGCCGGGCCCAGGACCACACACCCAUGUCCCCCCCCAGCCACGUACCGCUCUCCCCCCAGAGCAGUGUGACAUCCUCGGGCAGCGGCGGUAGCGAGGCCCUGGAGGAGCUGGCUCUAAGAGGGUACCAUGAACAUCUGUACGACGAGACCAUGAGAGAUGUUCCUCAGUGGUUGAAAAGUCUUCGUUUGCAUAAAUACUCAGCUCUGUUUUCGACUCUGACGUACGAAGAGAUGAUGAAUCUGAGCGAGGAGCAGCUGGAGGCCCAGAAAGUGACCAAAGGAGCACGACACAAAAUCAUUAUCAGCAUCCAGAAAUUGAGAGAGCGGCAGAGCGCCCUGAGAGCCCUGGAGAAGGAGGUGCUCGAGGGGGCGGGGCUUCGGGGGCCUCUCCAGGAGCUGCACCAGAUGAUCCUCACUCCCAUGAGGCCGUUCACCUGCCCCCCCCAGAGAGGAGGGGGCGGAGCCAGCAUGGCAGAGGCGGAGUCUGCAGCUGGAGCCGUAAGCGAGGGCGACCUGCCCGCUCAGUUCACCCGCGUCAUGGGCAAAGUGUGCACUCAGCUGCUGGUGUCUCGUUCUGAUGAAGAGAACCUGAGUCUGUAUCUGCAGCUGCUCGACAAGUGUCUGCUGCACCAGGCGUUCUCAGAGCCUCAGAAGAAGCGCCUCCUCUCGUGGAAGCAGCAGGUGCAGAAACUGUUUCGCUCAUUGCCUCGAAAAACUCUGUUGGACCUGAGCGCCUACCGCAGGAGCUCCCGGGGCCUGGGUCAGUCCUCCUCCCUCCCCUCGGGCUCCCUGUGUCCUGGGGCCUCAGUGAGACGGGCCCUCAGACAGUAUCAGAUGCCUUCUCGCAGUCUUCCUGGGGCCCGACUGGGACUGUUGCCGAGCUCAGGGGCCGUGAUGGGGCUCGGGAGCCGGAGCGGAACUCCCACUGGGAGACAGGGUUUGUGGUUUGCUAACCCCGGAGGCUCUCGCUCUCACAGCUCUGUGCAGAGGACUCGGUCUUUACCAGUGCCACACUCUCUGCUGCACACAGAUCUGCAGACGCUGGAACCGGAAAUCAACAACCGUCUGGAGAGUCUGUGUUUGAGUAUGACUGAGCAUGCACUGGGAGAUGGCGCUGACCGCACCUCCACCAUCUGA